AUGGCCGCACAGUUGACCGAAGAGCAAAGAGCGCAAUACAAGGAGGUGUUUGACCUCUUCGACAAGGAUGGGACCGGUGACAUCACCGCCCAGGAGCUUGGCGAGGUAAUGAGGUCUCUGGGCCUCAACCCCAGCGACACCGAGUUGAACGACAUGGUGAACGAGGUUGACGCCGACAAUAAUGGCACCAUUGACUUCAAUGAGUUCCUCAACUUGAUGGCGCAAAAGGUGCAGGUUGGCGACGCCGAGGAGGAGCUCAAGAACGCCUUCAAGGUCUUUGACCGCGACGGCAGCGGCACCAUCUCGGCCGAGGAGCUGCGCCACGUGCUCACCUCGCUGGGCGAGAACAUGACUGCGGCAGAGAUUGACGAGAUGAUUCAAAUGGCUGACAAGGACGGUGAUGGUUCAAUUGACUACGACGAGUUUGCCUCGAUUAUGAUGAGGGAGUAA